CUCGUUUGUAAAAACAAAAAUAAAUUAAAAUAAAAAUCAAUAAAUAAUAGCACUGUGUUUUCGAAAAUAAAAAAAUAAAAAAAUAUUCAAAUGAAAGCCGCGGUGCUCUGUAGUCCCAGAAAUGCACUCUGGGACAGUAUCAAUAUGGCAGCCUGCAGGUUGCAGUUGGAUUACUGUAGAGCUUAGCGAUUAUUUGACGCUAAUCACUGAAACAAGCAUCAAACAUGUUUCAGUUGCUCUGUUGUAGAGCAACCACCACAGCUCCGCUGCGGCCACUGUCCUUAUACCCGCGAUGCAAUAAAUCAGACAUAUGGAGGCUUUCACGGUGGUAUACAUCUCCAGGGUCAACCGUAUCCAGAUCCUCACAGCAGCCUGCCAAUGCUGUCGGUCGCAUCUGGAGCUUGGCUCAGAGAUCUGUCCGUCAGUCAGCCGCCCGGACGUCAAACCCGCCGGGAUUGACUUUGAAGUUCAUCCUGGGUCCGGCACUGCUUACUGUCUCAGCACGGCUGCUCUGCCGCGCAGCUCACUGCGAGGCGGAUUUAAAUAACAACACCCCAGUGGAAGUUGCAGCCAAAAACCCAGUGCCCGAGUUCAAAUGGCACAUCUUGUGGGAAUUUGUCAAACCUCAGCUGUUUGCUCUCGCCUGUGCUGUUGUGCUAGCCUUUGGCGCCGCCAUCUUGAACAUUCAAAUCCCCUUAAUGCUUGGGGAUCUGGUGAAUGUUGUGGCACGGUACCUGAGAGAACAGACCGGGAGUUAUGUCAACGAGAUUAGAGGUCCUGCCCUGAAAUUACUGGGACUGUACGCUGUUCAAGGCCUGCUAACGAGCGGCUACAUCAUCCUGCUCUCGAGGGUGGGCGAGAGAGUGGCGGCGGACAUGAGGAAGACCCUUUUUGCGUCCUUACUGAGGCAGGACGUGGCUUUCUUUGACGCAAAUAAAACUGGGCAGCUGGUGAACCGUUUGACUGCCGACAUUCAGGAGUUCAAGUCAUCCUUUAAACUGGUCAUUUCUCAGGGUCUGCGGAGUAUCACACAGACAGUCGGGUGUUUUGUGUCUCUCUAUAUCAUCUCCCCAAAACUCACAGGUUUGACGGUAGUUGUCCUCCCCUGUCUGGUGGGAGCAGGGGCUCUCAUCGGCUCAUUUCUCCGCAAACUAUCCCGUUUGGCUCAGGAACAGGUGGCAAAGGCGACGGGAGUGGCAGACGAGGCGCUUGGCAACGUGCGGACAGUGAAAGCUUUUGCGAUGGAGGAACGGGAACUUCAAUUGUAUGCAUACGAAGUUGACAAAUCAUGUGAGAUGAAUGAAAAUCUCGGCGCUGGGAUAGCCAUUUUUCAGGGCCUGUCAAACAUUGCCCUGAACUGCAUUGUCCUUGGAACUAUUUUUGCUGGAGGCACUUUAAUUUCAAACAAUGAAAUGUCUCCCGGUGACCUCAUGUCUUUCUUGGUUGCUUCUCAGACUGUUCAGAGGUCUUUGGCGAGUAUCUCUAUUCUCUUUGGGCAGAUGGUGAGAGGAAUAAGCUCUGGGGCCCGGGUUUUUGAAUACCUCUCUUUGCAGCCUACGAUCCUCCUCUCUGGAGGAGGACGUAUUCCUUACCAUUCCCUGGCAGGAAGAGUGGACUUUAUGAACAUUUCAUUCAGUUAUCCAACCAGACCCGGCCAACAAAUCUUAAAUAGGUUUACCUUAACGCUGCCGCCGUGUAAAACUGUUGCCAUCGUUGGAGAAUCUGGAGGAGGGAAGUCCACGGUGGCGGCCUUGUUGGAGCGUUUCUACGACCCGACCGGCGGCGUCAUCAUGCUGGACGGGCUCGACAUCAAAACGCUCGACCUGUCCUGGCUCAGGGGGCAAGUUAUUGGAUUCAUCAACCAGGAGCCAGUUUUGUUUGGUUCAUCGAUCAUGGACAACAUCCGCUUCGGGAAGCCAGAGGCUUCAGAUGCUGAGGUCAUUAAUGCAGCAAAGCAAGCCAACGCUCAUCGCUUCAUUACAAGUUUCCCAGACGGCUAUAGCACUGUGGUUGGUGAGCGAGGUGUGACACUAUCAGGUGGUCAGAAACAGCGAAUCGCCAUCGCCCGCGCCUUGAUCAAGAACCCCAGCAUCCUGGUGCUGGAUGAAGCAACCAGCGCUCUGGAUGCCGAAUCCGAACGGGUGGUGCAGGAGGCUCUGGACCGGGCCACGAGGGGUCGCACCGUGCUAAUCAUCGCCCACCGCCUCAGCACCAUUCAGGCGGCUGACCUGAUCUGUGUCAUGAGCAAUGGCCGCAUUGUGGAGGCGGGGACACACAUGGAGCUGCUGAGCAAAGGAGGACUUUACUCUGAUCUGAUCCGCAGACAGAGAGCGGAGGGGCAGAAAUAAACACGUUCAUAUCUGUUUACAGUACAUUUACAAUAAAUCAUUCUUUAUUUUGAGGUGCAUAGAGGAGGGAUGCACUGGACUGAUCAAUUAUAUAGAAUGUGAAUUUACCAGCUCUGUGUCUAGUUCUGUUGAGAAUAUAUGAAAGUGGACCAACUGGAUUAGCUUGAGAUGGUUAACUACACUACUGCACAGUCUAUCUCUUUAUCUAUUAAUGACAGUUUUAUCUUGUACAGAAUUAAAGUUACAUCGAUUCAGA